AUGGCGACGCCGGGAAGCGAACCCCAGGCUUUCGCCCCUGCCCUGUCGGGGGCGAUCCUGCACACACAUCUCCAUGCCCACCACCACUAUCCUCACCAUCCCCAGCACGGAGCCGCCGGGGCCAGCGGCGGGGCCGGAGCAGGGGGCGGCGGCGGCUUCAACCUGCCCUUGAAUCGGGCGUUGGAGCGAGCCCUGGAGGAGGCAGCGAACUCCGGGGGGUUGAACCUCAGCGCCAGGAAAUUGAAGGAAUUUCCCCGGACCGCGGCCCCCGGCCAUGACCUCUCGGACACGGUGCAGGCAGACUUAUCUAAAAACAGGCUGGUUGAAGUUCCAAUGGAACUGUGUCAUUUUGUGUCACUGGAAACGCUCAAUCUGUACCACAAUUGUAUCAGGGUUGUUCCUGAGGCUGUCGUGAAUCUGCAGAUGCUGACGUACCUAAACCUAAGUCGAAAUCAGCUGUCUGCCCUGCCAGCCUGCCUGUGUGGUCUGCCUCUCAAAGUCUUAAUUGCAAGUAACAACAAACUUGGAUCCCUGCCGGAAGAGAUAGGCCAGCUCAAACAGUUAAUGGAAUUGGAUGUCAGUUGUAAUGAGAUCACAGCUUUGCCCCAUCAAAUAGGACAGCUAAGGUCCCUGCGAGAACUGAAUGUCAGAAGAAAUUACCUUAAAGUUUUACCACAAGAACUCGUAGAUCUUCCCUUAGUGAAGUUUGAUUUCUCCUGCAAUAAAGUGCUCGUCAUUCCGAUUUGCUUUAGAGAAAUGAAGCAGCUACAAGUCUUACUGCUCGAGAACAAUCCUUUGCAGUCCCCACCAGCACAGAUUUGUACAAAGGGUAAAGUGCAUAUAUUCAAGUAUCUGAGCAUACAGGCAUGCCAGAUUAAGACAGCUGACUCCCUGUACCUCCACUCAAUGGAGAAGCCACAUUUACGCCAGCACGUGGAUGACAGCAAGAAGGAUUCAGACUCAGGAGUUGGGAGCGAUAAUGGAGACAAACGAUUAUCUGCCACAGAGCCAUCCGAUGAAGACACUAUCAGCCUUAAUGUGCCAAUGUCAAACAUCAUGGAAGAAGAACAGAUCAAGGAGGAUGUGUGCCAUCACCGCAGUCCAGUUCCAGGUGCAUUUCAUCAGGAAUUUCAGCCAGAGCCUUCCCUUUUGAAUGACAAUAAUAACUCAGGAGAAGAAAGAGACCAGUUUACUGAAGGACAAGGUGUUCUCAGUUCUGAAUUUAUGGACUAUCUUAAGGGCAGGGCAGAAGACUGUGAGGAACUGCUGCGGAUAGAAGAGGAUGUGCAUUGGCCCACAGAGGCACUAGUACAGUCUGAAACCCAGGACAUGAAUAUAGCAAUGAUUGAGCAGCUGAGGGAAGCCGUAGACUUGCUGCAAGAUCCCAGCAGGUUAAGUACAGAUGGCACAGAGAGAGGUGUUGUAAACCUUUGUUCCAUGGAUUCAGCAGAAGCCUUAAAAUUACAAGAUAUUACAUUAAACGGUCAGAUACAGCUGGAUGCGUCUCCAGUGUGUGAGGUACAACAUGAUCUAACAUCACAGAGUAAUGGGAGCCAGUACUCUCCACAUGAACUGAGCGAGAAUUCCCCUGCCAUCUCUCCUACCACAAGCAGCACAACUGUGUUUGGCCUGAAGCCUAGAUCAGUAUUUCUAAGACCUCAAAGAAAUUUGGAAUCUGUUGACCCACAGUUUACAAUUCGGAGGAAAAUGGAGCAGAUGAGAGAAGAAAAAGAACUGGUGGAACAACUUCGUGAGAGCAUUGAGAUGAGACUAAAAGUCAGCCUGCACGAAGACCUGGGGGCAGCACUCAUGGAUGGCGUUGUCCUCUGCCAUCUGGUCAACCAUGUCCGCCCUCGGUCUGUCGCAAGCAUUCAUGUCCCUUCACCAGCAGUUCCCAAACUUAGCAUGGCCAAAUGCAGAAGAAAUGUAGAAAACUUUUUGGAAGCUUGCCGGAAACUAGGAGUCCCAGAGGAGAAACUAUGUCUGCCACAUCACAUUCUUGAAGAGAAGGGCCUGGUAAAAGUGGGCAUCACUGUGCAAGCAUUACUUGACAUCAGUGUGACAAAGGCGCUGUUCACAUGA